UGAGCUUUCGUGGGUCUCGGCUAUGGCAUCGAUGUAUGAAUAGAAAGCAUUGGUGAGACGAUCAGUUUGUUAGAGAUCGGUCGGUGUCUGGCUUCGAUAGGGUCUGGUGAAGAGCGAGCGCAACACUGCGUUGUGAAUUGGGUAUCCGUCUUGGAAGGGAAUCGGGUGCCGGGUGGGGGAGAGAUGGCGUCCGAUGGCCUUUCGAGAAUUGGGUUGGCGGGGUUGGCAGUGAUGGGUCAGAACUUGGCUCUCAACAUUGCGGAGAAGGGUUUCCCGAUUUCGGUCUACAAUCGAUCAGCGAGCAAGGUGGAUGAGACCGUAGAGCGCGCGAAGGAGGAGGGGAAUUUGCCCGUGAAGGGGUUCAAAGAUCCCUGCGAGUUUGUGAAGUCGAUUCAGAAGCCGCGAUGUAUCAUCAUCUUGGUGAAGGCAGGGUCGCCGGUUGAUCAGACCAUCGAGCUCUUGUCGAAGUACCUCGAGAAGGGGGACUGUAUCAUUGAUGGAGGGAAUGAGUGGUACGAGAAUACGGAGAGGAGGGCGGAGAAGGUGAAGGAGAAGGGUUUGUUGUACCUGGGGAUGGGAGUCAGUGGAGGCGAGGAGGGUGCUCGACAUGGACCUUCGCUCAUGCCCGGAGGAACUCUAGAAGCGUACAAGUACAUUGAAGACAUUGUGCAGAAAGUGGCUGCGCAAGUCGACAGUGGUCCAUGUGUGACCUACGUUGGCCCCGGAGGCGCUGGCAACUUCGUCAAAAUGGUGCAUAAUGGAAUUGAGUACGGUGACAUGGAGCUCAUCGCCGAGGCGUACGAUGUGCUCAAAUCCGUGGGUGGUUUAUCGAACAAGGAGCUGCACGAAACCUUCUACGAGUGGAACAAGGGCGAACUUGAAAGCUUUCUAAUCGAAAUCACUGCUGAUAUUUUCUCUGUCCCGGAUGACAAGGGUGAAGGAGAACUCGUCGAUAAAGUGCUGGACAAGACGGGCAUGAAGGGUACUGGCAAGUGGACCGUGCAGCAAGCUGCCGAAUUAUCUGUGGCCGCUCCUACUAUUGCGACAUCCCUAGACUUGCGAUACCUUUCAGGUUUGAAAGAGGAACGCGUGGAAGCCGCCAAAGUAUUCAAAAGUUUGGGAGUCAGUGAUUUAUUAGCAGAGGUUAAAGUUGACAAACAGGAGCUCAUCGACAACGUCCGAAAAGCCCUGUAUGCCUCGAAGAUUUGCAGUUACGCGCAAGGCAUGAACCUCAUUCGUGCAAAGAGCAUUGAGAAGGGUUGGAAUUUGGACCUCGGAGAACUCGCUCGUAUUUGGAAAGGUGGGUGCAUUAUUCGAGCCAAGUUUUUGGACCGCAUUAAGCAAGCUUACGACAGGGACCCAAAAUUGGCAAGCUUGUUGAUAGACCCUGAAUUUGCGAAGGAGAUGGUAGAGAGACAAGGUGCAUGGAGGAAGGUUGUGUCUUUGGCAAUCGAAGUUGGGGUGAGCACCCCAGGUAUGAGCGCCAGUCUCGGUUACUUUGAUACGUACAGGCGAGCUCGGCUUCCAGCAAAUCUUGUCCAAGCUCAGCGCGAUUACUUUGGUUCCCAUACUUACGAGCGUGUUGACAUGAAAGACUCCUUCCACACGGAGUGGUACAAGAUUGCGAAGAAGCUGUUGGGCGACAGGGCGGCUACUGAGGGUGACCUCAAAAUCGGCUCCAAAGAGCAGAAGCAUUAGGUGUACGUACGCAGUGCAUGUAAGAAGGUAACUACAGACUUGUAAAUUCACCGCCGAUCUUUAUUAAUUCGAGGGAAUCGAGCUUGUAAUUAGCUAAUUCUGAGCCCGAUUAGGGUCAGAGUGAGCACCCUGGGGCUAGAAAUGUGCUGCACGACGGGCAUAAAUAAUAAAUGCAUUGCACCCCGAUUCUGGUAUC